AUGCAAAUAGAACGGCCAAGAGCUGAAAUCAUGAGCAGCAAGAGGGUGGAUGAGUCGGAGCUAAGGAAGGUCUUCCAGAUGUUCGACAAGAAUGGUGACGGCCAGAUCACCAAGAAAGAGCUAAAUGAGUUGCUCAAGAACCUAGGGAUCUACAUUGCAGACGACGAGAUGGACGCAACCAUGGCCAAGAUUGAUACCAACGGUGAUGGCUGCAUCGACGUCGGGGAGUUCGGCCUACUAUAUCGCUCCAUCCUCGAUGAAGGCGAUGGGCCUAACGGUGGCAACAUGGGCGACGAGGAGGAGGAGAUGAGGGAGGCGUUCAGUGUCUUCGACCAGAACGGUGACGGCUACAUCACCAUUGAAGAGCUGCGGUCCGUGCUGGCAAGCCUCGGCCUCAAGCAGGGUCGCACCGUUGAGGAAUGCCGCCAAAUGAUCAACAAGGUCGACGCCAAUGGCGACGGCCGCGUCGACUUCAAGGAGUUCAGCCAGAUGAUGCGCGGUGGCGCAGCCGAUCGUGAGGAUUGA